AUGGAUGAUAUAUUCACAAAUCCUUUUAGUGAUAUGUAUGGUUUCACUGUAAGCUCAGGAGGUUCAGGAAAUUCAGGAAAUGAUGAUUCUACAUCAAACAAUACCAACACAAAUCAAAUCAAAGAGAAAAAGAAGGAGGCAUGGGAAUCAGAAAGCGCGUUUGGAACUUUUAACCGUCCUCCAAAGUUAAUGGCUAUUGAAGAUUAUACAAGAUGGGCAAUAAAGUUUGAGGAAUGGCUGAUGGCAUUUGCUUUCCCAAGCUGGAAAAGCAUGAAAAAUGGAUAUGCUGCGGGUAAAACCAAUGGUGAAGUGUUAAGAAGCAAUGAAGAGAUUGAUUUAUUCGUUGCUGAGAAGAAAUGUGUAGCACUACUAUUUCAAUCUGUCAGGGAAGAUAUUAUUUCACUAAUCAGCUACACCAACGCCAAAGAUUUGUGGGAUAAACUGGGAAAGAAAUGUCUGGGCAGUAAAGAAAUAUUAAAGAACAAAACUAAACUACUAAAAAAGGAGUUUGAUAUGUUCAGUUGUUUCAAAAAUGAGUCAGUCUGCAAGAUGAUCGAACGGUUUGGUCAUCUUAAAUUGGAACUUGCACGUCAUGAUAUCAAUUAUCCUGAAGAGGAGAUAGUUGAUAAACUGUUCGAUUCUUUACCAGAUGAAAUGGACUGGAGGUACUAUGCUUUGAUGUUGAAAAACACCAUUCCGCCAGCAGAACUAAAACCAGAUGUAGUGAUUGAACGACUGGAGAGCCAUGAGCUAGAAUUGAAGAAAACGUACAAAGUCAAUCAUUCAUAUCAACAAAAUCCAGAACUAUACUAUCCCAAAAGUUUGAUGCCCAAAGCUUCAUCACCGAAAACCGCAUUUUCUGCCGAAAACAUAUCUCCAGCUCCUAAAGAAAAUCAAAGCAACUCAAACAAAGAAAGUCACAGUGGAUAUCAUAGUGGUUCUACUUCUAUUUCUACUGCCUCGACAAAUCGUUCUGAUUCAAAGUUCUCAUGUAAUAUUGCUGUUGAUCUAAAGAAUGCGCAAAACUUUGAUGAAGAAUCUGUGAAGCAACAGAUGGUGUUUCUAGCAUCUGUGCUAGAAUCAUAUGAGGGGCUGAUUGCUGGAAAAAUUGGGAAUACUAAUCUGACAAAAGAAGACUAUGAUCAGAUAGAUCCCGAAGAGAUGGAGUUAAUUGAUAUCCAAUGGGCAAUGGCGAGUGCAAAAGGCCACUUCAAACGAGAAUGCCGAAAUGCAUAUGUUGAAGAAUCUGAGAAUCCAUUCAAUGAUGACUACUACAAGAAAGCUAUCUAUCAUCAGAAUAAGUCCGAACCGCCAAGAAUAAAGCAAUCUGAAGACAACAAAGGAAAAUCUAGAGCCUUGGCAGUGAUUUACGAUGAUGAAGGAUAUGAUUGGAGUAAGGAAGUAUUACCUGAAGAUGAUGCUAUUGGUUAUGCUUUUAUGGCGAGUCAUAAUGAACCGAUUCAAUGGAAAGAUAAUCGUACAGAAGAACAGAAGUACGAAUAUCGAAAAAUGGUUGCUGAAGCAAAGAUCAUCCGACUCUCAGGUGUUUAUCAGGAAGCAAAACUUGCAAACCGAUGGGAUCCAGAUAGAGAGUGUUAUUUGGAUGAAUAUGGUAACAUUGCUGUCGACGACAAGAAGAUAGACAUUGAAGCCAUUAUCCAAGAAUACAAAGAAGAGGAUGAGUACUGGCAACACAAAUGGUGGGGUACACCAACAUCGAAAAUGAUCGAGGAAGAAAGAGAGAAAGAGAGAAAAGAAAAGGAGAAGAAAGAAGAACCUGUGACAAUUGACACCGGGUUGAUCAACACUGCACAGGAGAUGACAGCUGAAAAUUUGAGAGAAAUGGCUGAUAAAGUGCUUGCUGCCAAAGCACUUGAGGUAGAUUCUACUCCUAAUUCUGAGUCAAAGAAACAGGUUCAGCAAAGAAAAGAUGACAAAAAGGGAAAAGCACCGAUGUAUGUUGAGAAGAAAGUUGUUCAAACUAACAACUUGAAAGAAAAAUCUAAACCCGUAAAGAAAGUAGUACCUAAACAAGAAAAAUUUUACAAGCGGGUUGCAGAAACUCAACAAGUGUGGAAACCAAAAGUUGUGUCAAAAAUUGAUAAGAAGAAUCUUCCACAACUAGUAUCCAGAUGGAUUAUGGAUAGUGGAGCAUUAAGACAUAUGACAGGAAAGACCGCAUUACUAUAUGAUGUAAAUAACAUAAAUGGUGGUUAUGUGGGCUUUGCGGGAAAUCAAGGUGGAAGGAUCAUAGGUGAAGGAACAUUAUCGAACGGGGUUAUAACGUUUGAAAGAGUCAAUUACAUUGCUGAGCUGGAGAAUAAUCUGCUUAGUAUCUCACAGAUCUGUGACAGAAAGUACACGACUCACUUCACUGACAAAGAAUGUUUGAUCUUAAAACCUGGAUUUGUGAUACCCGAAGAAUGGAUCAUCAUGAGAGCACCAAGGGUAAAUGAUCUAUAUGUGCUAGAUAUGAGUGUUGCUACAACUACCACAGUGGUGGAUGGAAUUGUAAGCGUUGAUGCAGAAACCACUGUGGAUGAUGAUGAUAAACAAUCUGCAAUGGGACGAGGAAAAGACACUAACAAAGGACACAAUGUUCCAUGUGCAAUUGAUGCUGUAUCUACAAUAGGAACAGAAGCAGAAAAAAUGGCUGAGUGCUUAAGAAAAAGCAGAAUUGCUAAGGCAUUGUCUGAUACAACAAUAGUUUAUGAAUCUCAUGUUAGAAGAUUCUGGGACACUGCAAGGUUUGAAGAAAAGGAUAAUACAAUUCAUGCAGUAGUCAAAAAGAAAGAUGAAAACAACAAGGAUAUUGAUGUUGAAGUAGUGUUUGGAGUAGAGGACAUAAGAAGGGUUCUUGAUUUACAAGAUUCUGACAAUGAUCCGACGAUCAUGUCAGAACGUCUUGCUAAAGGGCUAUGGUGUAGAUUGGGUUUUACUUCACACAUCAACGGAAAAAUGUUCAAAAGGAAUUUCUCAAGACAAUACAGAUACUUAAUGCAUUGCUUAGUGCACUCCCUAUCUCACAGAAAGGGAGCUUAUGAUGAGAAAAUUGUUUAG